AUGCCGGCCAAAACUCCCAUCUAUUUGAAGACCUCAACUCCCAAGAGGGGGAAAAAGCCCAAACUUAGAGACAUGCUAUCGAGGGAAAUGAUUAGUCCUCCUCUGGGUGAUUUCAGGCACAGUGCUCACAUUGGAGUCCAUGGAGAAGGGGAUAUGUUUGGAGAGUUGUCUUUCUUGCAAGGAAAGUAUGACCUGCUCCCAAACUUGAGCCACAAAUUGACAAUGAAGGGCACGGAAGCUGGCUCAAACGAAGAGUUACACACUCAUUCCAGCUCUGGGAGUUAUCGCCCCUUUUUAAAAAAUGCAGUGUCACUGCCAGCCUUCACUGGAACCCAGAGUCAAGAAAAGGCUCCUCCAAAACCUCCUCGUUUGCACUUGGAAGACGCCCCAAGCCAACGUUCAAUGUCCGUUAGCUAUGGGAACGGAUCUUUCCGAAGAGAAGACGAUAUGUCAUUUUCAUCAAUCUCCCAAGACGGACAAAGUCGAUUUCUGGAAGCUUCCAUGAGCUCGUCCGAAGGAUCUAUCAGUGGAAGUGGUGCUCAAAGUCCAGGAAAGAAUUUAGACCACAUACAGGACGACAGAUGUAGUGAACACUCCAAAGAACAAAGUCUUCCUAAAUCCGAGUCUCCUUUUCGACUUGAGCUAGAUCUUGGACCUUCCAUUCUGGAUGAGGUUCUAAGGAUAAUGGAUGAAUACAAGGCCUAA